AUGCUAUUUAAUUACACUAAAAUAAUUUAUAAAAAUGUCUUGAUUAUUUUUUUAUACAUACUUUUUUAUGAGUCGUACUAUUGUGGAAAAGAAAUAUCUAAUUGGAACUAUAGGUUAAUACCUUUUAGUAUUAAUUCAAAACAAAAAAAUUUUUUUUAUUUUAUUAAAAGUAAUUCAAAUGAAUUAGUAAACAAAAAAAAGUUUAAAUCAAAGUUGAUAAAUAUAAAAGAAAAAAAAAAAAGACUGUUUACUACAAACAUAACCAAUCUUCAUGAUAACAAUAUUCCUGAAGAAUAUAUUAAGAAUAAUAUACCUCCUGAACCAAUAUACCCGUAUAUUACCGUACCUGAUAACUUAUAUACAAAAGAGAAAAAUAAAGAUAAAAAAGAUGAAGAAAAAUAUCCUGACUUAAGAAAAAUGACCUUUGAGGAAUUCAAGAAGUGGAAUGAUAAUGAAAUAAAAAAAGUAAAACAAUUACCAGAUCCGACAAUUGUUGAUUUUAUAGAGGAUAUAAAAUAUGAAAAAUAUAUCCAUCCAUCUCUAAUUAAAUAUGUUGAUAAAAAAAAUCAAAGAUAUAUGCUUUAUUCUUUAGAUAAAAAAAUUAAUAAAACUAAUCAAAAGGCUACAUUAAAUUGUUUUAAUGAAAAUGAUCUUGAUAAUGAUUUAACUGAAUAUGAUUGUGCUUUUAAAGGUAUUGGACCGUGGCCAUCAACAGACGAAUUAAAAAAACAUGACGAUAUUUUUGAAUUUGAUAAAACUGAUUUAGAAAUGGAAUAUAAUAUAACUUAUUGUAAAUCAAAUUAUCGUGAAUAUAAAGAAAAAAAUAUUAAUAAAAAAAUUAGUAAUAUAGAAAAAGAAAGUUUAAAUAAAGACAAUACAUAUUUAGAUAAUGUGGAAAAUGAUAAUAGUAUUAAUUCUGAAGGAGAAUUUAUUGAUGAUAUAGAAGAUAGUGAACAUGAUUUAUCAGACAAUAUAAAAGAAAAUUUAACAGAUCAGAAUAAAAAUGUAAGUAAAAGUAUUCCAAAUAAAUCAAGCAUAUCUGAGAUAAGAAAAUUAUAUUAUAAAAAAGAAGUAAAAACAAUUAAAGAGGCAAAAGAAGAAAUAAUAAAAUGGGAUGAAAGAAAAAAACAUUCUAGGAAGAAAUGGAAUUUAACAAAUGAAGAAAUAAACCUGUUACCAAAACAUUAUAAGGAAUUAUAUUUUGAAAAACAUAAAGAAUAUGAAAAACAAAAAAAAGAUUUAUGGAGAAAAUGGCAUGAAAAUUCAGUAGGGGAACAAGUUUUACUUGAUUUAAGUGAAUUACAUCAUUCAGAAAAUGAUAAUAAUGAAAAAAUAGAUAUUGAAAAAAAUAACACAAAAGAAGAAAGUGACAUAGAAACAAAUUUUGAAAAUGAUUCAGAAAUUAAACUUCAAAAUUUUAGAUUAUUAGAAAAUAAUGUUUUAUAUAGUAAAGUAAAAUCACCCAUUGAAAAUAUCUUAUAUGAAUGGGAUGAUCCUCUUAAUUGUAAAUGGAGAAAAAGAGCUGAAGAAGUAAUAAGAGAUGUAAUUAUGUAUGAUUAUCCAUUUAAAGAAUUACGAAGACCAUCAAAUUUAGAUUUAUAUGAUGUUACUUGGUAUGCUGGAAAACUAGACAUCUUUGUUACUACAGAAGAAGAAAAAAAUUAUAAAAUUUCCUUAUUUGAUUUAAAACAAUUAGUUAAAAAAAUUGCUGAAAGAUUAAAAGAAUUAGAGAUUGACGAAGAAAUUUUUAUUUUGCCAUUUUUUGAAUUAGUUGUUUCAUCACUCCCAAGCAAAAAUAUAUUAGUAUGUAGAAGAGAUUGGAAUAAUAAUAUAGGAAAAGAUGUUACUGUUUUUUUUAAAGACAAUAUUUUUCAACCAGUUGAUGGAAUUUUAUUAGGAUCUCCUAGUGCUUUUCAUCUAAUCAUUAAUAGAUAUGAUGAACAAAUAGAAAAUUUUAUAAUAAAUGAUAUUGAUAAAAUUAUUCUAAAAGAUACAAAGGAUAAUAUAGGUGAAAAUUUCAUGUUAAGAGCUGGAAUAAAUACAAAGGAGAAAGUAGGAAAUGAAAAAGAUAAGGAUGAUAAUGUAGAUAUGAAUAUAAAAAAAGAGUUAAGAGAAAUAGAUGAAGAAAAUAAAGAUAGUGAAUUCAUUAAAGAAGAUAAUAAAGAAAUAGAAGAUUUAGAAUUUAACGAAAUAAAUAAAUUAAAGAAUAUAAAUAAAUCGUUGAAAGAUAUAAAUGAUAAUGAAAUUAAAAAUAUUAAUAAUAUAGAUGAUGAUAAUAAUGACUUAGUAAAUUCAUUUAUUGAUGAUGAAGAAGCAGAUGAUGAUGAUAAUGAUGAUGAAAUAGAUGCAUACGAUAACGAAUUUGAUGAUUAUAUGCCAGAUGAAUAA